AUGUUUACUGUCACUACAAUUGCACAUAAGACUAGUGAUUCGAAACAUCCAUUGAUAAUGUUAACAAAUAGAGAGGGUAAUAGAUAUUUUUUCGGCAAGAUAUCUGAAGGUUCUCAGAGAAUCUUGAAUGAAAAUAGAUUCAAAUUGGGGAAGCUCAGAAGCAUUUUUUUAACGGGUACAUUGUCGUCCUGGUCGGAGAUUGGUGGUCUACCUGGCUUAUUUUUAACUAUCAGUGAUGCUACCAAGAAUAGUAUCGAUAUAUAUACCAACUCCAUAAAGGCUGCCUUGUAUGUAGUUUCGACCUGGAGAUAUUUCGUGUUUAGAAAGGGUGUGGAACUUCAGUUAAAAAACGUCGAGGAAGACUCUUUCAUUGCUGAUAGUAACUUACUAAUACGGCCCGUCAAGAUUCCCAGUUCCGUUGCUUUAAUUCCUAUUGAUGAAAAGAAAUCAUCAAAAAUAUUAACACGAUUAAGAAAACUAGUUUCGUUAAUGUUCCCGCUAGACACUAGCAAAGUAAAUAACCCUGACCCUAAGUCAUAUAGAUCGGAUCCGAGUGAGACAGAAAUUCAAACUCAUGUUAAACUCCCUAAGACAGAAGAACUUGAACCUGUUUCGAAUCAAUUAUCUUUGAACUACAUAAUAAGAUUUAUGCCAAUGAGAGGUAAAUUUGAUCCACAAAAGGCAAAAAGUCUAGGGAUAAAACCUGGUCUUGACUUUAGAAGCUUGACGCAGGGACAUUCAGUUAAAAAUGAUAAAGAUGAGAUAAUUCAGCCUCAUCAAGUAAUGGCCGAAUCAAGAAACUUCUCUAAAUUGUUAAUCAUAGAUAUUCCGAACGAGUCUUACUUGCAUAACACUAUUAACAGCAACAAAUGGUUUUCCAAGUCUCAAGAUUUCGGUGAAGAAGAAAUAGGAUUGGUCUAUCACUUUUUAGGCGAUGAUAUUGAUUUUUAUCUGGACGAAUAUUUGAAGUUUCUCAAAAGGUUUCCUCUGAAAUGCAAGCAUGUCAUAAGUCAUUCAAAAAUCGCCGAUGAUACUUUAGUGUUCAAAACUUCAGCUUUGAAUGUCCUCAAAUUAAAAUGUUUACAAAACGAAAACUAUAAUUUGCCCCAUAUGGAAAACUAUUCGCCUUUGAAUGAAUCAGAGUCGCAUUUCAAGUUGCAACUGCUACAAAAAUUCUCGAUUGAAAGCUUGAAUGUUCACUGUGAUGAAAGUCUCAUCGCUAACGACACAUGGUCAACUUUGUUUGAUGAAAAUAUAGUUCCACUUGAAAUCCCAAAUGUAGAUAAAGGUUCAGUAUUGAACAGCAAGCCAAUUUCACUAGAAUUCAAUGGAUCUCUGAUGAAGGAUGAAAUCCAGAUUAUUACUUUAGGAACUGGAUCUGCUUUGCCGUCGAUACAUCGAAAUGUGAUAUCUACCCUUGUUAGGAUUCCAUUUAAUAAAGAUGGCAAAAUCGUCUUUCGCUCUAUUAUGUUAGAUGGGGGCGAGAAUACGUUUGGAACUAUGCUAAGAAAUUUCGGUCACGAUGAUAAGAGACAGCUACAUCAAGUUUUUGAAGAGUUAUGUUUGAUUCAUUUAAGUCAUUUGCAUGCUGAUCAUCAUUUGGGUCUUAUUUCUGUCAUAAACAAAUGGUUUGAGGUAAAUAAAGCAUCCAAUAAGAAGCUUUAUUUGAUUAUUCCUUGGCAGUAUAAUGAAUUUGUAAAUGAAUGGUAUAAUCUUGAAGAACAAGAAAAGUCAAUAAUAGAUUUGUCAAGAAUCGUUUACAUAAGUUGUGAAGAUUUUUGUAAAGAAAGACAAGCACAGUUUAAGCAAAUGGAUUUAAGUGAAUUUGAGGAUAAUUUCGAUCAUCAUAGAAGUCAGAUCAUACCUAGAGAUAAAAUCUAUUCGCAAAACAAUGAUGCGAUUAAUGAUCUUUAUCAGUCUUUGGGGAUUAAUAGUAUUGAAACAGUUAGAGCAAUUCAUUGCUAUUGGUCAUAUUCGAUAAGUAUUGAUUUUACAUUGGAUGAGCAUGACUCUUUCAAGGUCUCAUACUCAGGAGAUACGCGACCUAAUCCUAAAUUUGCUGAAAUUGGGUAUGGAAGUGAUCUUUUGAUUCAUGAGUCAUCAUUAGAUAAUGACUUGAUUGAAGAAGCAAUUUCCAAGAAGCAUUCAACUAUGAUCGAGGCAUUGUAUAUGGCAAGCUUGAUGAAUUGCCGUAAGAUCAUGCUAACUCAUUUUAGCACAAGGUAUUCAAACCAGGCUAACAUGAUGAUCGACCGUGGGGAGCUUGAAUCAAUUUCUGAAUCAUUGUCUAAUUACUUGCAGAAAUAUGGCUCAACCCCAAAUAUUUUUCAGUAUGAUAUGAAGAAACAGAAAUUAGGCUUAGAAGAUUUGGAAAUCUCCAUGGCAUUUGAUAUGAUGAAUGUGAAAUUUAAUGAUUUUGAUGCUCAAAGUAAAAAGCGUAAAGCUUUGGUUGACAUAUUUCAGAAUGAAGAUGACUUAGACGGUGAAUCAGCCAAAAAAGAGAAGGAAUUGCAAAAGCAGAGAGAAAAGAAGGAAACUAAAAGAGCACAGCGAUUGAAGAAUACUCAAAAAAAGAAAAGGAGGGUUAGUAGUGACGAAGAAGUAGAUGAUAAAUAG